CCCAUUCAACCUCUGUAGUCAGCAGAACGAGUAGCUCAGCAGAGUAACACAGCAUCCACGGCUACAGCAUCCUGCAGAUGACUGUGCUCCACGGAGGAGAGGGAGGGGGGAAAAAAGAGCAAGUGUUGGAGAGAAAAAGGGUAGAUUCAAAGAUGAGUACAGACUGAGAGAAACACAGAAGGAGUAAGAGGGAAAUGAAACGAAUUGAGUAAACGCCGCUGCCCGCCUGAGGACCACUGCAGCUGUACUAAAUCUGGGGCUGUCAGGCCAACGCUCAGCAGAGCAGUGAGUGAGAGCAGAGGGAGCAGAGGAGAAAAAGAAGUGAUUUGAAGAGCUGAUCACAUCACUCUGGACAAGCAGGGAUGGGAACUCAGAGAGCCUCUCCAUCAGCAGAUCAAACUUCACACAGGAAAAGUGCCUUCGGAUCACCAGUCUGAACCUGCCUCUUCAGAGGAGUGAAGAAAACGGGUAAAACAAGAGAGUUAUUCUCUUAGUUCCCAAAAGGUGAAACCUUGCACAGGAUCUCUGACGACUGCACUGCUGAGUUCAGCUCAAGUCUCUGCUGUCCUCUUCCCAAGCCCCCCCCAGGUCCUCCCUCGCACCUGCCUGCUCUCGGUGAAUGUCUUCUCUGUGUGCACUUCCACUGCUCGGCAGUUGAACACACUCAUGGUCGAUGCCAAGGGAAGGAACAUGAAAUGUCUGACUUUCUUCUUAAUGCUUCCAGAGUCAGUGAAAAGCAAGUCGAGUAAAAGCUCCAAGAAAGGGAAUGCCAGUGGCAGCUCCAAGCUGCCCCCAGUCUGUUAUGAGAUAAUCACUCUGAGGAGCAAAAAGAAGAAGAAGAUGGCAGCGGAUAUUUUUCCCACCAAAAAGCCAGCAUCCACCACGACAGUGCAACAGUACCAGCAGCAGAACCUCAACAACAACAACACCAUACAGAACUGUAACUGGCAGGGACUCUACUCUACUAUAAGAGAAAGAAAUUCAGUAAUGUUCAACAAUGAGCUGAUGGCAGAUGUUCACUUUGUGGUGGGUCAGCCUGGAAGAACCCAGCGGCUGCCGGGACACAGAUAUGUUUUGGCUGUGGGCAGCUCAGUGUUCCACGCCAUGUUUUAUGGUGAACUGGCUGAAAACAAGGAUGAAAUCCAUAUUCCAGAUGUGGAACCGGCAGCAUUUCUGGCAAUGUUGAAGUACAUUUACUGUGAUGAGAUUGACCUGAGUGCUGACACAGUGUUGGCCACUCUUUAUGCUGCCAAAAAGUACAUUGUCCCUCACCUGGCACGUGCCUGCGUCAACUUCCUGGAGACCAGCCUGAGUGCCAAGAAUGCCUGCGUGUUGCUCUCCCAGAGCUGCCUGUUCGAGGAGCCGGAGCUGACACAGCGCUGCUGGGAAGUGAUUGAUGCCCAGGCUGAGCUGGCGUUACGCUCUGAGGGCUUUUGUGACAUCGACGCCCAGACCCUGGAGAGUAUCCUACAGCGAGAGACACUCAACGCUAAAGAGAUAGUGGUAUUUGAGGCGGCACUCAGUUGGGCUGAGGCUGAAUGCCAGAGACAGGAGCUCACCUCUUCGACUGACAACAAGCGUAAGGUUUUGGGCAAGGCCAUGUACCUGAUACGUAUCCCUACAAUGGCUCUGGAUGAUUUUGCCAAUGGAGCAGCCCAGUCGGGCGUGUUGACGCUUAAUGAGACCAAUGACAUCUUCCUGUGGUACACGGCAGCUAAGAAACCUGAGCUGCAGUUUGUCAGCCAGCCCAGGAAGGGCUUGACACCCCAGCGCUGCCACAGAUUCCAGUCCUGUGCCUAUAGGAGCAAUCAGUGGCGCUAUCGGGGCCGCUGUGACAGUAUACAGUUUGCAGUGGAUAAAAGAGUUUUUAUUGCUGGGUUUGGACUGUACGGAUCUAGCUGUGGCUCAGCAGAGUACAGUGCCAAGAUUGAGCUGAAACGUCAAGGAGUACUGCUGGGACAAAACCUCAACAAAUACUUCUCUGAUGGUUCCAGCAACACCUUCCCAGUGUGGUUUGAGUAUCCAGUCCAGAUUGAGCCUGAUACAUUCUACACUGCCAGUGUGGUUCUGGAUGGAAAUGAGCUGAGCUACUUUGGACAGGAAGGGAUGACAGAGGUGCAGUGUGGGAAAGUGACAUUUCAGUUCCAGUGCUCCUCAGAUAGCACUAACGGCACAGGGGUGCAAGGGGGACAGAUUCCUGAGCUCAUCUUCUACGCUUGACAAGCCCUGUGCAUAUAUUUGACAGAUUUUAAAUGCACUUAUGGAAAAUAGAAAAUGAUCACUUUGUGCAUAGUGUCACUUUCUGUUAUUUAUUUUUGUCACGACUGUGCAAAAAAAAAAUCUGAUCUCAGACCUGUGAGAGGGUCUUAUGUGGUUUUGAUUUUAGUAAAUGGUCCACUUGAGUAGGACCAACUCUAUUUCAAGAUGUUGGAUUGUUAAAAUACACAGAUGAACAAAAGUCCUAAAAGAUUAAAAAAUAUCUUGCACUAGAUGUGCAUGUAUAUAUAUGAAUAUAUGUAAAUUCUGAAAUGUAUAUGAUGCCACAAUUGUGGUCAACUCUGGCCACAAAGAUAUCUUAUAUGAUGAAUAUGCUACAGUAUGUUUAUUAUGUCUAUGCUUCAGUGACUGAUAAAAAGAUAGACGAUAUCUCAGCUCUCCAAAGGUGAAGCCAAAACAUCUUGAUCGCCCCCUGGUGGCUGGAUGUAGUAUAGGUCAUAAACCCCGCCCUUGCUCUUUAGCGGAUGGAACAAAAUUUUAAAAAAAUCAAGGCACAACUCAAAUAAUUUUUUCUCAAAGAUGGUGUUUGUCAUUUUAGGUAGUCCUUAUCAUGCUGGUGUUUGUUCAAAUGUUCAUUUUUCGUAUAACUUUGGUUUUAAUUUAAUAGUAUAAAAACAGGAUGUGACAUCAUGACUGACAGUUGUGACUGACUCACAGUUAGUAGAGUGGGUGUAUGGGUGGGAAUUGGAUACCAUAACAGCACCAACACAUGAUCACUACCGCCUAGACUCUGGCUCCAAAUGACGUCAGUGGCACAAGAUGGCUGCAUUCAUAUCUGGGCUGUUUUGGCUUCAUUUAGGCAAAGUGGGGGGGGGGGGGGGGGUGGAAAUGUGUUGUCCAUCUUUAUAUAUAGUCAUUGCUAUGCUUGCAUAGAAUGCACACAUAGAGCAGCAAUACUUCACAUUCUAUAUUCUACAAUGAGCAUUUCCUGUCAUGACUCAGUCUGGACCAUCAGCAUUAUAAUGGAAGUCAAAAAGGCUGUAUGAUACUCAAAGCAACAUUUCAAGCCAUGAUUAUGGUUACAAACACUUUUUGUCCUGUUGUAGUGUGUAAUACCCAUUAGGCAUUCAUAUUUGAGUGGUUUCAAUUGAAUCUACAGCUUUCUGAUACUUUGAAUAUAGUAAUGGGGCACUUAGAGAGGGCUUGAGGGGGUCUUAGAUUAGGGAGCACUAGAUAUAAUGACACACAUAACCCCUACAGUAUCUCUCUGUAGCAUGUUGCUCUGCACCUACAGUCAUCUCAGUCACUCCAGUGAGUUAUAAUUUAGAUCAGUGUCAUUAUGUUUACAGUGAAAAUUAACUUAAAGUGAUCACCAUUCAUCACUACGAGGUGGAGUGAAAGAUUUCUUUGGUUUACUAUUGGGAUCUGUCUGCACUGCAAAUACUUACAGCAUGGGCAGAACGGUUCCAUUUCAUCUGACAUAUACUACUAAUUGUUACUGCACCUUGGUUUAGUUUACAGCAGAAAAGAUCAACAACUGGUUCAGUGUUAGAAGCUGUUUAUCUUAUGGACAUUUACUUCUCUUUGUUAAAAACCCCGUGCACUCUGAACUGCUGAGCACUCCCUCUCAAUGUGAUCAUACAGUAUCAGUAUUUGCAGAAGCAUACUGUAUAUGCUCCAGAAUUGCACUGAUGUUGGUUUGUAACUGAAUUUGUUAUUUUGUUUUUCUUGUUAUUUUCAAUGAGGCAGAUUUUUUGAUUUAAUGUGCUAUUGAAUAUUCUUUCUGGUGUAGGAUAAACAUCCACAGGCUUGUCUGCAGAUGACAAUGGAUGGGCAAACUGGUGUUCAUGUCCUGUGUUUACGUGCUACAGUGCUGGGAGACCAACGAAUGUGUAUGACUGUUGAUGAUUCAAAUAAACAAAACAAGUGGUA